AUGGUACCGGAACCGGAUGUGGCACUGCCGCGGAUCACCGCAGGAUCGACCGAUGACGACACAAGCGAAAAUCAACCGCUGCAAUCUCAGAGACGACGCCGUGGAAGACGACGAUUGCGAAGGUGUUGGAACGUUCCCUAUGACCUAAGGGCAGUGCUGAUGUUCGCCAUGAUGCUGUUUUGCCUUCUGAGGAAUCCAGCAACCUCGGGUGUGGCCAGUUUCAGCCAAGCACCGGAUACGCAACUACAAGCACCCCGAUUCACAACACAACCGUCGUCCUCUGGUUCGAUCGUGAGCGAAGGCCGCACAAAGAUCCUGCAGUGUCAUGCUUUAGGUUAUCCACAGCCGCAUUACCGAUGGCUGAAGGAUAGCAUUCCGGUUGGGGACUUCAGCAACAGCCAGUAUCUGAAAAUUCAGAAUAUUACGCGCGAGAAUGCCGGAUCAUAUCAGUGCGAAGCGUCGAAUAAGGCCGGUACUAUCUUCAGCGAGAAGAUCGACGUUGUUGUGGCGUAUAUGGGCAUGUUCGACGACCUAUCCGAGAAGGUGGUCUCGGUAUCAUCCGGCUAUCCAGCGAUCUUGAACCUCUCCUUCAUCGAAUCCGUCCCGGCACCGUCAGUGACGUGGCAAACGGACGAAGGCCCCCUCGAGUACAACAUCAAGUACGCUCAAACGGCAAGCAACCAACUGAUCAUCCUUAGCGCGGACGAACACGACAUCCGCUCCUACCGGGCCCGGGCCUUUAACACUCAAAUCGGACGCGAAGAGAGCACUGGUUUCGUGCGACUAAACGUAACCGGAAAUCCGUACACCGAGAUCGCACCCGAGAUCGUGGUACAUCCGCGCAGCACCAAGGUGGUCCGGGGCGCUCAAGCCGUCGAGCUGGAAUGCAUCGCAAACGCACGCCCACUGCACGAGCUCGAGACGAUUUGGCUGAAGGAUGGCAUCCCGAUCGAGAACACCGGCAUCCAUUACACGCAGACGAACCCGUGGAACCGGACGGUUACGCUGUUGCACGUCAACCUGACGCACACGGGAGAGUACACCUGCCAGGUGCAGAUGCGCACUGGUGGCCAUCCAAUCGUGUUUUCGAUGGCACAGGUCACGGUGCAGGAACCACCGACGUUCGUGGCACCUCUGCGUACUGAAACACUCGGAGAGUACGGGUCGAGGACCGUUCUAGCGUGUGACGUGAUAGGGGAACCGUUACCACGCAUCACGUGGUAUAAGAAUGCUCGUCCUGUGGAACCGGCAGCUGGUCGGUAUUCGGUGCAGGAUGAUAAUUCGCUCGAGAUUUACAAGCUUGGGAUGAGUGACACGGCGAUGUUCCAGUGUCUGGCGUCCAAUGAGGCUGGGGAGAAGUCCGCUUACACGUGGUUGAAGGUGAAAACUUCAACACCGAUCAUGGAGCUACCGCCUACGAAUCAGACGGUCCUAGAUGGGAAGGAUGCCACGAUUAAUUGUCGUGCUAUCGCUGCUCCUACGCCGAGCAUUGCCUGGAUUUAUAAUGACACGUACCCGAUCGAGGCAUCCGCCAGAGUGCAAGUCCUGGAUUCAGGUGACCUGUUGUUGUCCAAUGUUCGCGAAUCAGACAGUGGGCUCUACACCUGUCUGCGGGAGAAUGAAGCUGGACGUAUCACAGGCUCCGGUUAUCUGACCGUACUCGUUCGCACACAAAUCGUUCGGCCGCCCGCAGACACCACCGUUUUGCUCGGACACUCAGCGUCCUUGGAAUGUGGCGUGUCUAGUGACCCUACUGUACCGUACAAUAUCGAUUGGUACCGAGAACCCAAUCGACUGCCGAUCAAAAACAGCCAACGGAUAGGCGUAAAAGGUGACGGAACACUUGAAAUCACCGAGGUGCGUCCCUCCGACGUUGGCCAGUACUCCUGCAUCGUAACCUCGCCUGGUGGCAACGAAACCCGCUCAGCCCGGCUAAGCGUCAUCGAGCUACCUUUCGCUCCCUCUAACGUGCAAGCAGUUCGUCUCAGCGCACCACAACACCGCGCCAUCAACGUAUCCUGGACACCCGGUUUCGACGGCAACAGCAAGCUCACGAAAUUCAUCGUACAACGGCGCGAGGUUCCGGAACUGGGACCUCUACCCGAUCCGCUGUUGAAUUGGAUCACCGAAGCGGCCAACGUGUCGGCAGAUGUUAGGUGGAUUUUGCUCACGAACCUGAAGGCGGCCACUGCCUACCAGUUCCGUGUCAGCGCCAUGAACCGGGUCGGUGAAGGUUCACCAUCCGAUCCGAGCAACGUCGUGAAGCUGCCACAGGAAGCACCAUCUGGCCCACCAGUUGGGUUCGUCGGUUCAGCUCGCUCGUCCACUGAAAUCAUUAUCCAGUGGCAACCACCGCUUGAGGAGCACCGAAAUGGCCAGAUUCUUGGCUACAUCAUCCGUUACCGGUUGUUCGGAUACAAUGCGAGUCCCUGGAAUUAUCGUAAUAUCACAAACGAAGCUCAGCGCAACUACCUGAUUCAGGAGCUGAUCACGUGGAAGGACUACGUGAUCCAGAUCGCGGCUUACAACAACAUGGGCGUAGGAGCAUACACUGACGGGGCGAAGAUUAAGACGAAAGAGGGUGUCCCAGAGGCGCCUCCGACGGAUGUGCGCGUGAAACCACUAAAUUCGACGGCGGUCCGGAUCUGGUGGACACCUCCGAAUCCGCAGCAGAUCAAUGGCAUCAACCAGGGUUACAAACUGCAGGCGUGGCGAUUCGAGAAACCACUGGCACCAGCCACAGGCAGCGGUCUCAGUGUUAGCGGUACUGUUGGUGGUGUUGGAGGAACAUCUCCUGGAGGUGGCAGUGUGAUCGCCGUCGAACCGACUGACGGGGAUAUCGAGCAACCGGUCGAGACGGAGAUGAAGGUGUUGACGGUGCCACCGAACCUGCUAGAUCCGUUGGCCGAACAGAGUGUCGUUUUGGCGGGAUUAGACAAGCAUACGGCGUACAACGUGACGGUGCUAUGCUUCACCGAUCCCGGUGAUGGAGAACGAAGUGUUCCGGUUCCGGUGCGGACCCUUGAGGACGUUCCCGAUGAGGUGAGCGCGUUGCAGUUCAGUGGGAUUUCGGAUCGUGAAGUGAGCGUGGCUUGGGACCCUCCGAGAAGAUCGAACGGAGUGUUGGUUGGGUAUCAGGUGCGGUACUACAUCAAGGAUCAUCCAGAAACGGUGCGAUCGGUGAACCUAACGGCGGAACAGACACGCCUCAAGGUGACACACCUAACCGCGACCACACACUACACGUUUGAGGUUAGUGGCUGGACAGCGGUUGGUGCUGGACCACCUCGAAUUGCGACGAUCCAGUCCGGUAUCGAGCCGGUGUUGCCACAUCCACCGUACCAGCUAGCUCUCUCCAACAUCGAGGCGUUUUCGGUGGUGAUCCAGUUCACGCCCGGUUUCGACGGCAACUCAUCGAUCACGAGCUGGAUCGUGGAGGCACAGACAGCCCGCAAUCUGACGUGGUUCAUCGUGCACGAGCUGCACGAUCCGGACGCAUCCACUGUGACGGUCCUCGGAUUAACGCCGUUCACCGCGUACCGGUUGCGUAUCAUCGCGUGUAACGUCGUUGGACGAUCGGAACCAUCCGAACCAACGAAGGACUUCCAGACAAUACAGGCUCGACCGAAACAUCCGCCGUUCAACGUCACGGUGCGUGCGAUGAGUGCGACCGAAUUGCGUGUUCGUUGGAUCCCGCUUCAGCAAACUGAGUGGUAUGGCAACCCGCGCGGCUACAACAUUACGUACCGGAACAUUCAAGAGGAUGACCGGCCGCUCGGGGAUAGCGGGCAAGAAGACACCAGCGGGAUGGCGAUGCGCGUCGCCAAUGAACCCGGCAGGAGUGUCCUGAUCGAGGAUCCGACCGCGAACUCACACGUGCUGGAUGGACUGGAAGAAUGGUCGGUGUACGAAAUCGCGAUGACGGCCGUCAACGAGGUCGGUGAGUCGGGUGAUAGCCCGCACGCUUUUGAAAGAACUCGUGAGGCGGUACCUUCAAUGGGCCCGGCUGUGGUUGAAGCCAAUGCGACCUCGUCGACGACGAUCGUGGUCCGGUGGACUGAGGUGCCGAAGGUACAGAGGAAUGGCCAGAUUGAGGGCUACCGGGUGUACUACGGAUCGGCGGUUGGACGUACGCCCGUUCUCCACAAGACGAUCGCGAACAACUACACCUUCACCGCGACGUUGACUGAGUUGAAAAAGUACGUGCAGUACGACAUCCAGGUGUUGGCGUACACGCGCCUUGGUGAUGGCGCUCUCAGUACACCGCCCGUGCGCAUUCAGACGUUUGAGGACACACCGGGUGCACCGUCGAAUGUGUCCUUCCCGGAUGUGUCCUUCAGCAUGGCACGCAUCAUCUGGGACGUGCCAGAUGAACCUAAUGGAGCCAUACUGGCGUACCGCGUCACGUACCUGUUGAACGGCUCGCAGGCACUUAACUUCACGCAGGAGUUCCCACCAUCCGAUCGCACAUUCCGAGCUACACAGUUGCUCGCUGAGCGUUACUAUCUCUUCAGUGUGACGGCUCAGACGCGGCUAGGUUGGGGCAAGACCGCAGUGGCACUGGUGUACACCACCAACAACAGGCAGAUCCCACAGGCGCCUUCAGCACCGCAGAUCUCACGCUCGCAGGUGCAAUCGGAGCAGAUUACCUUCAGCUGGACACCAGGACGGGAUGGGUUCGCACCGUUACGCUAUUACACGGUUCAGUGUCGCGAGAAUGAGGGCUCUUGGGCGCUUAUCCCGGAGCGUGUGGAUCCUGCGGUCACGGCAUAUACCGCAAGUGGCUUGAAACCGCAUACGCACUAUCAGUUCCGGAUACAGGCUACGAACGAUCUGGGGCCUUCUAGCUACAGCCGUGAGAGUGUGCAGAUCCGAACAUUGCCGGCAGCUCCCUCGGAAGGCAUCACAGGACUUAAGGUGGUGCCCAUUACAACUACGAGCGUGCGUGUCCAGUGGACGUCUCUACGAGCUGCGGCCUGGAAUGGAGACGCCGACACCGGUGGCUACCGGAUCCUAUAUCAACCACUAUCUGAUUUCCCAUCAGCGCUCCAGAGUACACCCAAGCUGGACGUUCUCGGGGUCCAGCAGGUGUCGGCUGUGUUGGCCGAUCUGACACAGGAUCGCAACUACGAGAUCAUCCUGCAACCGUUCAACUCGCAGGGUUCAGGACCACCAUCACCACCAGUCGCGGUGUACGUCGGUGAAGCAGUUCCGAUAGGGGAACCACUCGGAAUCGAGGGUCGAGCCGUUUCACCAACUGAAGUGCGGUUGCGCUGGAACCCACCACGACAGAACACGCAGAAUGGUGAGUUGCUUGGGUACAAGAUCUUCUAUCUUGUGACGGACUCGUCCGCGCAGGAUGUUGAACCAAUUCCGGUUGGGGAUGGAGCUGGUAGUGUAGGACCACGCCGCGCUAAACCGCCCGAGGAAGAGAUCGAGGUCGUACCGGCGUCCUACAACACGCACAAUCUCGUGUUUCUGGACAAGUUCACUGAGUACCGGAUCCAGAUCUUGGCGUUCAAUCCGGCCGGUGAUGGGCCACGAUCGGCACCGAUUACGGUUAAGACGCUGGCCGGUUUGCCUGGGCCACCGACGCAGCUGUUGUUCAGUGACAUCACCAUGAACAGUCUUACCGUGAGCUGGGACGUGCCACAAAAGCGUAAUGGACUUAUCCUGGGCUACAUCGUUGCUUACGAAACAACCGAGGACAAUGAGAAAUUCAGCAAGCAGGUGAAGCAGAAAGUAACCGGCACGAGCCUGCUAGUGCAAAACCUCGAAGAAGAGGUGACAUACACGUUCACGGUUCGCGCACAAACCAUCGACUAUGGUCCAGCGAUCAGUGGCAACGUGACGACCGGACCACAGGAUGGAUCACCUGGUUCUCCGCGUGAGUUGACCAUCAGCAAGUCGCAAGCCAGCGUGCAGAUGCACUGGAUCAACGGCCAAUCCGGCAAGGGUCCUAUCUUGGGCUACUACAUUGAGACGAAAAAGCGCGACGAUCUGCGCUGGGAGACGGUGGCACGAACGACGAAUGGGCCAUUGCAGGAGUUCACCGUUAGCUUUCAGAAUCUGUUGCCUUCAACGGCGUACAAAUUCCGUGUCAUCUCGUACAACCGGUACGGCAUCAGCUGUCCGGUGUACUCGGAGGACGCAGUGCUAACACCGUCGAAGCUCUACCUCGAGUAUGGCUUCCUGCAAUUGAAGCCAUUCUACCGACAAACGUGGUUUAUGGUAGCCCUCGCGGCGACAUCCAUCGUAAUCGUCAUCAUGGUCGUCGCCGUGCUGUGCGUUAAGAGCAAGAGCUAUAAGUACAAGCAAGAAGUUCAGAAAACACUCGAGGAGUCGAUAGCGAUGUCGAUUGACGAGCGGCAAGAGUUGGCAUUGGAGCUGUACCGAUCCCGCCACGGAACAUCCGCAAACGGUAGCGUGCUGCACGGUGUUGGCAACGGAACAGGUGGCGGCACCGGCACCCUGAUUCACAGCACUUUGGGUCGUCGCACCGGUACCAUACUCGGUCGAAAGGGCGGAGGAUCAGGUUCCAGCUCAGCGGCAGCGGCCGCGGCUGCCUCGAUGGGUAAAUCACCUCCACGACCAUCACCGGCCUCGGUUGCGUACCACAGCGAUGAAGAGAGUCUCAAGUGUUACGACGAAAACCCGGACGAUAGCAGCGUCACGGAGAAACCAUCCGAGGUUAGCUCAAGCGACUCACAGGCCUCAGAGAGCGAAAACGAGAGCGUCCGGUCAGAUCCGCACUCGUUCGUCAACCACUACGUGAACAACGAUCUGCUGCGGCAAUCCUGGAAGCGUCAGAAACCGGUCCGCAACUAUUCCAGUUACACCGAUUCGGACCCAGAAGGGUCAGCUGUUAUGAGUCUCAACGGGGGGCAGAUUAUUAUGAACAAUAUGGCACGCUCGAGGGCACCAUUACCGGGUUUUAGCUCGUUCGUGUGAGCGAUGACGCGGUUUGAUCUAGAACGAUACCUAGAACGUGUGGGCGACUUUCGGACAAGCGUAUUGCGAAAAGAAAAGAGAAAAAGUGCUUUACUUAGAUAGAGAAACGAGGACUCCGUUGUGCCUUUUGCGAGCUAAAGCGAAUGUAAAGCGAAUAGUUUUCUUGUUUUACUUUUAAAUUGCUAUCAAGCAAACAGCUGAAUAAUUUAAAUGGGAGUUAGAUAAUCGCUUUAUUAUUAGCCAAAAGCGGUAAGCGGUAGCAUUAGUAGUACCAGUUUUUUAGAAUAAGCUCGUACGUAUCUAAGAAAUCUAGCGUUACACGUAUCGAGCGUGGAAAAUGUCCUUUAAAAAGAAUCUAUUCCAGGGUUUUUUAAAAGCAUAUACUCACUGCUACUACUUCUGCUACCGUUUGUAUUUCGAAAUAGCAGCUGCAUUUCCUGUUGAAUGGCGCCAUAAAGUGGCGAUACAUGAUGAACGAAUUAGGAAAUAGGAGCUUGAAUGUUAAUUCUCACAAGGGCGAA